AUGUCCGACGACGACUGGGAUGUUGACGAGGUCUCGACCGGGGCCUCCACCCCCGCGCCCGUGGUAACGCGGCCCGCUCAGAACAAGUGGGCCGGCGAGGACGAGGAGGAGGACGACUGGGACGUCUCCGACAGCGAGAAGAAGGCUGCCCCGGCACCCAAGAAGACCGGUGUCGUCGCUCCUAUCAAGAAGAAGAUGACGCUCAAGCAGAAGCUUGCGGAGAAGGAGAAGCUCGCCGCCGAGAAGAAGGCGCGCGGCCCCUACGCCGACGACCUGAUGGACGAGCGGACGGAGCAGGACCGCCGUCGCGAGGCACGCGAGAGGGAGCUCGAUGCCGACCUGGCCGUUGCGUCUGAUCUGAUGGGUUCGAUGGAGGUUUCGACCGGCGACGCCCUCAAGGCUGCCGUCUCGGCCAACCCGAAGACCAAGUCCGACUUCAACGAGCUCUCGUCCAACAUCGUCGCCGCCCUCAUCAAGAAGCACGAGGGCAACGGCCUCUACCCCGCGUUCGUCGAACAACUCGCCAAGGACCUGUGCGCGAGCCUGUCGGCGGUGCAGACGCGCAAGGUCUCGAGUGCGCUCAGCGUCCUUGGCAACACGAAGCAGCAGGAGGAGAGAGACAAGGCGAGCGGCAAGAAGAAGGCUUCCGCCAAGCCCAAGCUCGGCGCCACCAAGGGGCUCGGGAAGGUCGACCUGGACGCGUACGACGAUGUCCUCGAGGACGACGACUUUAUGUAG